CUCAGGCGAGAACGUGACGGUGACUACCAGAGAUAGAUGCGAUUAUUUCACGCGGCAUGUAAUAUUCACUGGGUCUCUAGGUGUUCUGAAGGAGAAACAUUCUACAAUGUUCGUGCCACCCUUAUCGCAGAAGAAACAACGGACGAUAGAGGGAUUAAAUAUUGGAACAACAAACAAGGUUUACCUUGAAUUUCCGCAUAGAUGGUGGCCGGAGGAUAAAGCCAGCUUUAAUUUUAUCUGGCCAGAAAAAGUUAAAGAGGAAUUCUUGCAAACCUUUGGUCAAAGUAGCGAGUGGCUCUGUGACGUGUUCACGUUUUACACUGUGUCUUAUCAGCCGAAUCUUUUAUGUGCUUGGAUAACUGGAAAAAACGCGAGACACAUAGAAACUUUAUCGGAUGUUGACGUAUACGACGGAUUGUAUUUAUUGUUAAAUAAAUCAUUUGGAGAACAUUACAAUGUUGUAAAACCAACAAGAAUGUUAAGAUCUAAAUGGUAUACUGAUGAACAUUUUCGAGGCUCGUAUACAUUCCAUAGCAUGGUUUUCGAACAAAUGAAUGAAAAACUUAGAGAUCUGGCCGAACCAAUUAUGAGUGGAAAUAAACCUAUAAUUCUUUUCGCUGGAGAAGCUACGCACGAUCAUCAUUAUUCCACUGUGCACGGCGCCGUGGAAACUGGUUUCCGCGAAGCGGAUAGACUAAUCAACUUUGAAAGGUAAGAUUAUGUCGAUUGAAAUUCAUUUAAAGCUCAAUAUCAAUAGCGUAAUAAAUACACUAUUAUAAUAACGU